AUGACAACUGAGUUUUUAAAAGAAAUCACUUAUUAUAAACUUGUUAGUAAUAUUGAUAAAGUUGUAAAAUGUUAUGGUGUUUCUCAAGACCCCACAACCAAGGAUUAUAUGAUGGUUAUGAAGUAUGUGGAAGGUGGAAACAUGAGACAAUAUUUAAAAGAAAAUUAUAGUGAAUUAGACUUUCCUAGUGAUAUUUAUUCUUUUGGAAUAUUGGCUUGUGAGGUGCUUUGUGGUUUGCCUCCCUAUCAUAAUUUAACUCAUGAUAAUUUCUUAGCAGUAAAAAUUUGUCAAGGACUACGACCUAAGUUUCAGAUUAAAAUUCCACCAUUUUUGGAAGAUUUGUUUACUCAACAAAUCCAAGUAGCCGAACGAUGCAAUCAAACCUUACCAGAACACAUCAGAUUUCCCAAGUAUGAAAUUCACCCCAAAGCCUCUUAUUAUAGUAAACCAAUCAAUACUAAGAAAAUUACUGAACUACUAGAAAAAUGUCAUGCUACUGGGGAUUUAGAGUUAGACAUUAAUGACUUCCUAAAUAAUAGCAAUAGUAAUGAAAAAACAAGCAGUGAACUAACUAAGGAAAUUAAAGGUCUAGCAAUGAGAACCAAAAGACAACUAUCACUUUCAGCAGAAAACCAAGGUGAAAGUAAAUCAAUUAAAUUAGACCAAGAAAUAAACACCCAACAAUACCAAUCAGAACCUAUGAAGAUAGACUACACUGCUAAAAAGGAAGCCGAAUUAAGAGCUGCUUAUCAAGCUACUCAGCACUCAGCAACUAAUAUUGAAAUAGCAGAGAAGUCAGAAAUUGCUACGAAGAAAAAACAGAAAAAUGAACUAAAAAUAAAUAAUCCAAUUGAAAAACUAAAGAGAGAGAUAGAAGAAUUAAAAAAUGAUUGUCUAAAAAAUUUCAGAAGUAAAAAAAAGGAAGAAGUAGCAGAAAAACUAGAAAAAUAUUUAGAGUUAAUUUCUUCUCCUAAUAAUUCUCACGAAAAAAAGCAAGAAAAAAUAGAAGUAGAAAAAUUUUUAGGAAAAAAAAUCAAUAACUCAAAGUUUAAUAAACUGAAAGAAAUCCAAAAGAAAAUUUCUCAAUUAGAAGUAGGAAGGUUAGAAACCAACACCCAAAUCCCACCUAAAUAA